AUGAAAUUAUUAUUGUUAUUAAUUUUUUCAAUUUUUUUUAUAAAUAUUGUAAAAUCUAAAACUAGUGUAACUAGUAAUUAUACAACCAAUUUUAUAAUUCAAGAAGAUUGUUAUUCAAAAAUAGGUUGUAAUAUUAUAAAUCCAAAGUAUUGGGAUAAUCAAGUUGCUUUCAAUAAUCCACAAAUAUCAACAUUUAUAAUUAACAAUUUAGUGAUACCAUCUGGUAAUACAGCAUUGUUGACAGUUUCAAAUUCAUUAAUUGCCAACCAAUUACAAGUUACAUUCCCAACGAAUAAAGUAUCAAGUAUAAGUUUAGAAUUGAAUAGUAGUGUCACAGUGAAUGGUGAUUCCAAAUUUACAAAUGUUGAAAUUACACUUUCAACCAACAGUGGAUCAAUUAUGAGUGGUUCCAUUGAAUUUAUAAACUCAAUAGUGAAAUUAACCGAUGGCUCAUCCAUAUCGACUUCAUCAAAUUUAUUUUCAAAUGAUUUUGUGGAUGUUUCAAUCGACGUGAAUACACAAUUCACUCUAUAUGAUAAAUCGUCAUUGAUGGGCAAUAGAAUCGUUAGUGAUUCGUCGAUGUUGGUGCAAGAUGAGGCAAGAAUUCAAGCUAUGAAUAUCCAAUUAUCAAAUGGUAUUGUAACAUCGAUGAAUACAUCGAUUAAAUGUAACCAAAUGGAUCUUAUGGAUAAUGGUAGCAGUAGAUAUGGUUCAACCUAUUUAUUCUAUGGUACAUUGGACGCAUCUACAUUGAUUACACCAAUUUUCAACCCAAGCACCAUCACAAAGAUUACAAUGGGUAAUGCUGUCAUUGGUGAGAUACAGCUUUUCAAGAGCACUUUGUUAAGUACAUUCCAAGGAUCAGGUACACUCAUUUCAAUUGGUGAUGCCGUAAUCGAUGGAAAUAUAACGGUAUUACCACAAACCUCAAUUAGAAUCUCCCCAACAGAUCUACCAGUGGUAUUCAAUGGUGUAUUCACAAUUAUGGAGAAUACAAAUUCAUUCCUAUCAAACAUCACCUUCCCACCAGGUUCAAUUGUUUCACCAAUUGCUCAAGGCUCAUCACAAUACUCAAACAUCACCAUUGAAGAGGGUGUUGUAGAGAUGCAAGAUGGGUUCUCUAUUUUUGGUUCAAUCACUUUAAAACCAGAUACAACUCUUUUGACUACCAAUCAAUUAAUAUUGGAGAAAUGUAUCAUAUCCGAGGGUAUCGUCGAUGUGCCCACCUCAUUGGUUUGUCCAAAUGGUAACUAUGAACAAGCAGAGGGUGGUAGUUUAGUAUUACAUGCAAAUUCUCGUACCUAUAUUUUCUUAUUAAACAAUAAUGGUGGUUUAAUCAAUGUGGUUGGCGAGAAUGUAUAUUUAAGUGCCAAUGUUAUAUCCGAUGGUGUUUUCCAAAUUCAACCCGAUUGCAAUUGUGAAGUUCAUGGUUAUAUGGAUCUUUUCUAUAAUUCAACACUCGACAUUGGUGGUAUUGGUCCAAACACAAUCAAACCAGCAUUGAGUAUCUACAAUGCUAUCAAUUUAAAUGGUGCACUCAAUUAUAACAUUAGUACUCCACCAACCGAUAUGGAUUCAAUCUAUUAUCUAAUCGAUUCAAACAUUGCCUUGGAUGGUAAUUUCUCUGAAUUUAUUCCAACCGAUCCAACCACCAUGGAUCAUUAUAAUAUUCAAUUCUCUUUUGUUACCACCACAUCCUCUGGAAAUGCUCCAGGUAGUUUAGAAAUUCAUUUCAAUUUCGCUGGUAGCCCUCCAAAGAAAACUGAUAAAAUUUGGAUAGCUUUAGGUAUCAUAUUACCAUUAAUUGUAAUUGCUAUAUUGGCAUUUGGUUUCUAUAGAUAUAAAAAAUCCCAUCAAUAUAAAGAUUAUAAACAAUUAUCUGAUGGAACUUCAACAACAUCAUCAUCAAAUUUUGAUGAUGAUAUUUUUAAUAAUCAUAAAGAUAAUAAUGAUUUAUAA